UUCACCCAUCGGUUCUCAGCCCCACAGCCAAGCCAUGAACAAGCUGGUCGUCCUCGCCGCCGUGCUGGCCGUGGUCGCCGCUGGCGACAAGACGGUGACCAAGCGCGGCUUGGUGUCCAGCCUGGGCUACGGCUCCUCGUACGGCUACUCCGGCCUCGGCUCCGGCCUCGGCUACUCUAGCCUGGGCUACUCUGGCCUCGGCUCCGGCCUGGGCUACUCCAGCUUGGGCUACUCCGGCCUCGGCUACUCCGGCCUGGGCUACUCCGGCCUCGGCCACAGCAAGGUGAUCGCCGAGAGCACCCACACCACCAUCGCCAGGAAGAUCGGCGUGCCCGUGGCCGCGCCGUACGCCGUGCCCGUCACCAGGAACAUCGCCGUGCCCGUGCCCCAGGCCGUGCCCGUGCCCGUGGACCGGCCCUACGCCGUGCCCGUGCCCGCCCCCUACGCCGUGCCCGUGGACAAGCCCUACGCCGUGCCCGUGGAGAGGGCCGUGCCGGUGCCCGUGCCCCAGGCCGUGCCCGUGCCCGUCCACGAGCCCGUGCCCUACCCCGUGCACGAGCCCGUGCCGUACCCCGUCAUCAACAAGGUGGCCGUGCCCGUGCCCGUGCCCCACGCGGUGCCCGUCAUCAAGAGCCACUCCUACGACUCCCUGGGCUACGCCGGCUCCCUGGGCUACUCCGGUUCCUACGGAUCCUCCCUGGGCUACAACGCCUGGCGACGAGCUUUGGGACUCCCUGCCCACGAUGCCCCCGCCGUGAGCCGCUUCCUGUGCUGCGACUGCGGGAACGACGCCGGGAGCGGGCAUCAGUCUCAUCCUCACCUUCAUCCUCAUCACAUCUCCAUCCUCAUCAGCAUGAAGACACUGGUGGUGCUGGUGUCCGCGCUGGCCAUGGCGCUGGCGGGUGGCGGGCCUGGCGGCUCGCACAUCUCCAAGUCCAAGCGCGGCCUGGGGCACAGCCACCCGGACCUGACGCAGGCCUACAGCGGUAGCAGCGGCAGCAGCGGGGGCUUCCAGGCACCCCCCGUCAUCUCUGGAGGAUUCCAGCCCCUCCAGUCCAGUCCAGCCCCCUCUUUCCCAGCCAGCUACUCUUCAGGAGCCAGCUUCGCUACACCAAGCUACUCUUCAGGGCCCAGCUUUGCUGCACCAAGCUACUCGUCGGGAGCCAGCUAUGCCGCACCCAGCUACUCUUCGGGGGCCAGCUACUCGUCGGGGGCUGGCUCCGCCUCGUCUGAGGCCGGCUACUCCUACCCCCAGCCUGCCGCGCUGCAGCAGCACGUCCUGAGCGAGGAGCACCACACCACCAUCAACCGGCAGAUCGCGUACCCCGUCGCCAAGCCCUACCAGGUGACCGUGGAGAGGAAGGUCCCCGUGGCCAGGCCCUACCCCGUGCCCUACAAGGUGGACAAGCCCUACCCCGUGGCCAAGCCCUACCCAGUGCCCUACAAGGUGGACAAGCCUUACCCCAGCCCCGUCGAGAGGAAGGUCCCAGUGCCCCAGCCCUACCCCGUCCCCGUGGCGGUGCGCGAGCCCUACCCCGUGCCCGUGAGGCAGCCCGUGCCCGUGCCCGUCAUCCGCCGCUACCCGGUGCCGCAGCCUUACCCCGUCCCGGUCCCCGUGGCCGCGCCGGCCCCCCACCCUCCUCAGUACUCCCCUCCCGCCGUCGAGGAGGCUCGCCAGGUCAGCUACUCCCCCGCUCCGCAGCAGUACUUCUCAGCGCCUGCCCAAUCCUUUCCUGCGCCACCACCGCAGUACUCUGCCCCACCCCCACAGUACUCUGCCCCACCACCACAGUACUCCGCCCCACCACCACAGUACUCCGCCCCACCACCACAGUACUCCGCCCCACCACCACAGUACUCCGCCCCACCACCGCAGUACUCCGCGCCGCCUCCAGCGCUCCCUGAGCACCACUCGCUCUCCGCCGGCGCGCAGGCACCUGCCCGCCCCGCCCUCAGCGCCCCCAGCCAUGAGUACCUCCCGGCCGAGCAGGGCCAGUCCCUGUCCAGCUCCGCCGCCGCCGCGCCGCACCACGACAAAUUUGAACGUGAGCCUUACAAUCGACCUCAUGACGGUUUCCGUUUAUGCCCACGAGAAGCUACGAUGGAGACGGCCGGGGAGCGAGUGAUGCCGUGUCGGUGGUCUGAUUUAGUUUAUAUAGCUCGAGCGGUGCUGUCCGUCGUCCUGGUGCUGGCGGUGGCCGCCGCGGCGGAGGACCGCAAGCUGGCCAAGAGAGGCAUCUUCGGGGAGGCGCAGGCCUACGGCGGCGGCGGCUACGGAGGCGGCUACGGCUACGGCGCUGGUUCCGGCUUCGGCGCUGGCUCCAGCUUCGGAGCCUCCGCGGCCUCCUACAGCGCCGGCCACAGCGCGCCUCUGCCCGCCCCCCACGUCGUGUCCGAGCACCACCACACCGAGAUCGUGAGGAAGAUCGGCGUGCCUGUGGCCAAGCCGUACACCGUGACCGUGGAGAGGAAGAUCCCCGUGCCGCAGCCCUACGCCGUGCCCUACAAGGUGGACAAGCCCUACCCCGUGGCCGUGCCCCAGCCUUACGCCGUGCGCGUCGACAAGCCCUACCAGGUGGCCGUCGACCGCCCCUACCACGUGCACGUGCCGCAGCCCUACCCCGUGGCCGUGCCCGAGCCCGUGCCUGUGGCCGUGCGCACCCCCGUGCCCGUGCCCGUCGUCAACAAGGUGGCCGUGCCCGUGCCCGUCGCCGCCCCCACCAUCUCCUACUCGGCGCCGAGCUACUCCAGCUACUCCAGCCUGCCCUCCGUGAGCUCCUCCAGCUACAGCGGCCUGGGCGCCGGUUCCUUCGGCAGUGCGCCUUACAGCGGUGCGUCCUUCAGUGGUGCGUCCUUCGGCGGGGCCUCCCUGGGCGGCGGCAGCUAUGGCCAGGCCUACGGGUACGGCGCCGGCGGCUGGUAA